AGAGCGCUGCAUAGUGUUGGCACGGCGCAGUGCAGACACACACACACACACAAUAUCUCUCUCUCUCUCUGUUCACACACACACAGGCUGCACACACUGGGACACACACACACACCAUGCAUUUCCAUCAGUGACCCGCAGAGUGUAAGAUGCAGUGUGUGUGUAACGUGUAGCUGGCCGUGGGCUCUGCUUCACCGGGGAGGGGGCGAUGGCUAUGGCCAGCCCGCUGAGCCGCUGCAGUGUGGAUGAGGAGGAGGAGGAGGAGGAGGAGAUGGUGGAGGCAGCGGCAGCGGCAGCAGCAACAGCGGGGAACCAGCGGCCGGACCCGCGGCGCAGGCGGGCAGCGCUCACCUUCCUCACCAACAUCUCGCUGGACGGGCGGCUGCCGCGGGGACACAACACCGCCAAUAAUGCCGGGGAUCCAGCCAGCCCUCACCGCCUUCCCUCCUCCUCCUCCUCCUGCCCGUCCUCGCCAGCCCCAGAUCCAACCCCAACCCCAACCCCAACCCCAGCCCCAGCCCCAGCCCGCCAAGGGGACGAAGCAGCCAACGCUGCCGCCCAGCGCUCACUGCAACUCGGCAGCAGCAGCAGCAGCAGCAGCAGCAUCUGGACGAGCAGCGGCGGCAGAGCAAGAAUCAACUCGUUCACUCCGGGAAUCCUCCCCGCCGCCUUCCUCAGGCAAGCGUCAGCCCCCAACUACUGCCUGGAGCUGGCGGAGACGGGCAGCUCCACGGACUUGCAGAGAUCCAGACGCCGCUUGAUGUCGCAACGAUCUUCGUUGGAAACUCUGGAAGACAUCGAGGAAAAUGCUCCACUGCGGAGGUGCAGAACACUGUCUGGUUCUCCUCAACCAAAAAGCUUUAGGAAGAUUCACUUCAUCAAAAGCAUGCGUCAAUAUGACACCAGAAACGGCAGGGCAGUGCUAAUCAGUGGCAAGAGGUCCUUUUGCUCUGUGUUCUCAGUCAUGCCCUAUCAGGACAGCGGCCAGGCUGGGGACGUGAAGCUGGAGAGUGGAAGACAGAGACACCCUUCGGGAGGAGUUGGUGCCAAGGAGACGCUGAUUGGUCUUGAAGGAGUAGAACUGGGCGCCGAUGGUAAGACUGUUUCCUACACACAGUUCCUUUAUCCGACGAACGUUCUGGGUGGAAGGAGAAACACUAUUGAUUCCACUGCAUCUUUAGCACAGUUUCGGAAUGCAGGCCAUCGGAACCUUCCUCUUGGAAGAGCAAACAGCACACAAGGAAGCAUUGAAACAGGCAAUGACGUGGCAGAGGUUGCUGAAUAUAACCCCAACCUGCUCGAUGAUCCUCAGUGGCCCUGUGGAAAACACAAGCGUGUCCUCAUCUUUCCUUCCUACAUGACCACGGUGAUUGAGUAUGUAAAACCCUCUGAUCUUAAAAAGGACAUGAAUGAAACUUUCAGAGAAAGGUUCCCGCAUAUCAAACUGACGCUCAGUAAGAUAAGAAGCCUGAAGCGGGAGAUGAGGAAGCUGGCACAGGAGGAAUGUGGUCUGGAGGAGCCCACUGUUGCCAUGUCCUUCGUCUACUUCGAGAAGCUGGCGCUGAAAGGCAAACUCAACAAGCAGAACCGCAAGCUGUGUGCGGGCGCCUGCGUGCUAUUGGCGGCCAAAGUGGGAAGCGAUCUGCGCAAACAUGAGGUCAAGCAUCUGAUUGAUAAACUGGAGGAAAAGUUCAGACUGAACAGACGUGAACUGAUAGCGUUUGAGUUUCCAGUCCUCGUUGCCCUGGAGUUUGCUCUGCACCUUUCAGAACAGGAGGUGUUGCCACACUACAGAAGACUGGCCCAGCACUCGUAGCACAGGCUGAGAGCGGGCCAAGGAAACCUCUCUGAUCAGCACGUGCAGGAACGAACCGCAGAUGCUGGUUCAAACCGAAAAGAGUCAGAGUAACUCAGCGGGACGGGCGGCAUCUCUGGGGAGGAGGAAACGGGCGAUAUGCCGGGUCGAGACCCUUCUUCUUGCUUAGGGAAUGACGAUAUCUCUCCUUUCCCUUAUCCCUGACCAAGGGUCUCGACCCAAAGCGUCACCCAUUCCUUCUCUCCAAAGAAGCUGCCUGUCCCGCUGAGUUACUCCAGCUUUUUGCGUCUGUCUGUAGGACCCACAGAACUUUGAACAAUUGCGAGAAGAUUGUGUGGUGUACUGGCCCCAACUUGAUGUCCCACUGCAUCAAACAGACCUUUCUAUUUUUAUAUGUUCCACUAAUGAAAAUGCACUUUUGUAGCCUUGCAAUGUAGCGAUGAUAUUUCUAUUGAGGAUGUCUAUUCAUGUGACAUCGACCAUCAGUGCUGAACUGUUUGUUGAAUUUUGUUUGCAAUUUCGUUUUAACUUCAGCAGAAGAAUUAUGAAGGAGCAUUUUCUGUUUGUCCCACAUUAUAUAAUGAAUAGAUGUAUAAUUGUCUCCGCAAAGAAUUUGCUUCCCAACGCUGUUUUAAGAAAGAACUGCAGAUGCUGGAAAAAUCGAAGGUGGACAAAAAUGCUGGAGAAACUCAGCGGGUGAGGCAGCAUCUAUGGAGAGAACUCCCCUGGUCAAUUCGGCCCUUCCCACCCAAACCACCCCCUCCUCGGGCACUUUCCCUUGCAACCGCUUUACCUCCCCCCUCGACUCCAUUCAAGGACCCAAGCAGUCUUUCCAGGUGCGGCAGAGGUUCACCUGCACCUCCUCCAACCUCAUCUAUUGCAUCCGCUGCUCUAGGUGUCAGCUGCUCUACAUCGGUGAGACCAAGCGCAGGCUUGGCGAUCGCUUCGCCCAACACCUCCGCUCGGUUCACAUUAACCAACCUGAUCUCCCGGUGGCUCAGCACUUCAACUCCCCCUCCCAUUCCGAAUCCGACCUUUCUGUCCUGGGCCUCCUCCAUGGCCAGAGUGAGUCCCACCGCAAAUUGGAGGAGCAGCACCUCAUAUUUCGCUUGGGUAGUUUACACCCCAGCGGUAUGAACAUUGACUUCUCCAAUUUCAGGUAGUCCCUGCUUUCUCCCUCCUUCCCCUCCCUUUCCCAGCUCUCCCACAGCCCACUGUCUCCACCUCUUCCUUUCUUCUUCCCCCCCCCCCACCCCCACAUCAGUCUGAAGAAGGGUCUCGACCCGAAAUGUCACCUAUUCCUUCGUUCCAUAGAUGCUGCCUCACCCGCUGAGUUUAUCCAGCAUUUUUGUCUACCUUUGCUUCUAAACACUGAUGACUUUUUUCAGACACCGUAGAAUGAGACGUGGCUUACGAGGUUUGUACAAUUUGUGUGUAUAAAGCCGUCUCUUAUUGCCCACCACGUUAUAAUUUUAUAAAUGUCCCAGUUGGGAUUAUUGCUGAAUAAUUGCCAUGUGUAAGACUGCGCCCUUUAGUAAAACUGCUCUAUAUUAGAGUCGAUAUCGAGCACAUUUGCUGUGCUAUUCAAAGUGUUUGGCGUUUCCAAAUAAGCUUUCUCCAACCAUUGCUGUUAAGCCAGUGUAUGUCUGAUUGCUGGAUUUCUUUCCUCCACCCUCUCUCCUGAAUUGAUUGAUUGAAAGAUACAGUGUGGAAACAGGCCCUUCGGCCCACUGAGUCCAUGCUGACCCUCGGUCUCCUGUUCACACUAGUUCUACGUUAUCCCACUCAAUCAACCAGAGCCGAGCUUAUUACUGGUGAUGGGGAAAGUAUGUGAAGAAGAUUGAUUGAUUGGUCGACUGAUUGAUUGGUCGACUGAUUGAUUGAUUGAUUGAUUGAUUGAUUGAUUGAUUGGUCGAUUGAUUGAUUGAUCGGUCGAUUGAUUGAUCGGUCGAUUGAUUGAUCGAUUGAUUUAUUGAUCGAUCGAUCGAUUUAUUGAUCGGUCGAUCGAUUUAUUGAUCGGUCGAUCGAUUUAUUGAUCGGUCGAUCGAUUUAUUGAUCGGUCGAUCGAUUUAUUAUUCGAUCGAUCGAUUUAUUGAUCGAUCGAUUGAUUUAACAAUCGAUUGAUUGAUCGUUUGAUUGGUCGAUCGAUCGAUCAAUUCAUUCAUUCAGUGUGUAAACAGGCCCUUCGGCCCACCUAGUCCAUGACGACCAUUGCAGAUGCUGGAUUAACACCAGCAGUGUGUUCUGCAUGCUAGUUCUAUGUUGUCCCACUUUCUCAUCCUCUCCCUACACACUAGGGGGGCAAUUUUCAAGAGGGCCAAUUAACCGACAAAACCGCCCGUCUUUGGGGAUGUGGGAGGAAACCGGAGCACCCGGAGAAAACCCACGCGGGUCACAGGGACAACAAGCAAACUCCACACACACACACACACAGCGCCCGAUGUCAGGAUCGAACCUGGGGUCUCGGGUGCGGUGAGGUAGCGACUCUACCCGCUGCGCCACCGUGCCGCCCUUAUUUAGAAUGAGUUUUCCUACGUUGAAUAACCUUUUUGAUAAUGCUUGACUAGUGAAAUAUUUGAAUGAGAUGCUUUGCACUGUUAGCUGGUGAAAACAAGCCAUAUUUAUCAGAACCAAACAAGCACAAACAUAGGCCAGUAACUGCUUUUAGACUUUUUGUUACCUGCUGUUGUGUUAAAGCAAAAACAAUAUAUUAUUCAGAAACAGGAACUCCAGACCAGUAAUAUUGAAUAGAGUCAUAGAGUGAAACAGACCAUUCGGCCCAACUUGCCCAGACUGACCAACGCGCCCCAUCUACACUAGUCCCACCUGCCUGCGUUUGGCCCAUAUCCCUCCAAACCUGCCCUAUCCAUGUACCUGUCUAACUGUUUCAUAUUGCGAUAGUCACUGCCUCAACUACCUCCUCCGGCAGUUCGUUCCAUACACCCAUUGUAACACCCAUUAUAUGAAAAAAGUGACCCCUCAGAUUCCUAUUAAAUCUUUCCCAAGGCCAUUUUUAUACAUUUUGGUUUCACCAUGUAGAAAUUACAGCAGUGUUUACACAUAGUCUCCACAUUUCAGGGCACCAUAAUGUUUGGGACACAGCAAUGUCAUGUAAAUGAAAGUAGUCAUGUUUAGUAUUUUGUUGCAUAUCCUUUGCAUGCAAUGACUGCUUGAAGUCUGCGAUUCAUGGACAUCACCAGUUGCUGGGUGUCUUCUCUGGUGAUGCUCUGCCAGGCCUGUAUUGCAGCCAUCUUUAGCCUAUGUUUGUUUUGGGGGGUAGUCCCCCUUCAGUUUUCUCUUCAGCAUAUAAAAGGCAUGCUCAAUUGGGUUGGGUGAUUGACUUGGCCACUCAAGAAUAGACCAUAUUUUUAGCUUUGAAAAAUUCCUUUGUUGCUGUAGCAGUAUGUUUGGGAUCAUUGGCUUGCUGUAGAAUGAACCGCCGGCCAAUGAGUUUUGAGGCAUUUGUUUGAACUUGAGCAGAUAGGAUGUGUCUCUACACUUCAGAAUUCAUUAUGCUACUACCAUCAGCAGUUGUAUCAUCAAUGAAGAUAAGUGAGCCAGUACCUUCAGCAGCCAUACAUGCCCAGGCCAUAACACCCCCACCACUGUGUUUCACAGAUGAGGUGGUAUGCUUUGGAUCUUGGGCAAUUCCUUCUCUCCUCCAUACUUUGCUCUUGCCAUCACUCUGAUAUAAGUUAAUCUUCGUCUCAUCUGUCCACAAGACCUUUUUUCCAGAACUGUGGUUGCUCUUUUAAGUACUUCUUGGCAAACUGUAACCUGGCCAUCCUAUUUUUGUGGCUAACCAGUGGUUUGCGUCUUGCAGUGUAGCCUCUGUAUUUCUGUUCAUGAAGUCUUCUGCGGACAGUGGCCAUUGACAAAUCCACACCCGACUCCUGAAGAGUGUUUCUGAUCUGUCAGAAAGGUGUUUGGGGAAUUUCCUUUAUUAUAGAGAGAAUUCUUCCAUCAUCAGCUGUGGAGGUCUUCCUUGGCCUGCCAGUCCCUUUGCGAUUAGUAAGCUCACCAGUGCUCUCUUUCUUCCUAAUGAUGUUCCAAACAGUUGAUUUUGGUAAGCC